CUGGGUGGCGCCACAUAGCCAGCAGUUAUUGUGCAGGGACUCAAAGGCUGCUGGGAAAUUUUCUCCGAGGAAGUAAGAUAGAUGCUAAAGUAGCUGGCUCCACAGAGGUUUACCGAUGACGAAACAUUAACAAAGCGGAACGUCUCAGAAGCUGCAGCUGUCUGCAGUCAUGCAGGAGGACAUAAGCACUGUGAUGUCCUGGUUUUCCAGCCCGGUGUACAGCCGAUACUGGCAGCACUAUCGGCAGGCCAUGGCGUGGCAUCAGAGGCACAGGCGCGCCUACAGAAAGGCCUUGGAGGCUGCCUACGGCCCCUGCUGCUACCAGGAGGAGGGGCCCGGUGACCGGCCUCGCUAUGCUGACUGGAGCUCUGCAGAGAGCAACAGCGAAGACGAGGCGGACGAUGCAGAGGAAAGUAGCUCGGAAAGCGAGAUUGAGUGCGAUGUGAGCAACAUGGAGAUCAGUGAGGAGCUCCGGCAGUACUUCGCCCAGACUGAGCGACACAGGGAGGAGCUCAAGAAGCAGCAGCAGAUGGAGGCGGAGCAGCAGGGCAGCUACGUGCCGGCCGAUCAGGACCUACACAGCUUCUCGUUGCGGAGCAGUGUCGCCCCUCCCUUGGAGCGACCCGGCGAAAGACGCACGGCCGAGAUGAAGAAGCUGUACGGCGGGGAUGCGGCCAAGAUCAUGGCCAUGGAGGCGGCGAUGCAACUCAAUUUCGAAAGAAACUGUGACCUGAAGCAGCCCAAGUACUGGCCCGUGAUCCCGCUGAAGCUAUGACGCCGUAAACAGUUUGAUCUGGAGACGAUCCAUGCUCUGAUCCCUCUGCGAGCUACUGAUGUAGAACUAAU